GCGCAUCUUUCUGAGAUGGUCACGCAGUCAGCUGUUCACUAACGGAAGACUGCCUUCCAGCGGUGUGUCCGCAAUACCCAAAAGUGAAGUUUCUCUUCAUCAACCAUCAUCUAAACGCGACGGCCUAUACAAACAGGAAUUUGCUUCUGACCUUUUCACUGGAUGGUGGAGUAUCAGGCUUGUGCUUCUCUCUCCGGAUUUCCCAUCCGAUUUCUGCAGUUACUUGGCGCUACCAAUACUGUCUAUGUCCGAUCUUCCGUUGAGAAAUCCGAUGAGGCGUCUAGACAUUCGGAGGGCUUUGGACUGGUCUGCGCCAAUGUGGAACAUACCUGUCCUCCGCUCUCGUCAGAUGGAUGUCUUCUGAUACCCUGUUUUCUUGGAAGUGAAAGGCUAUUUGAAUGCUGCAAUCUUUGGGUCCUCUGCCAGCCCAAGCCCACCGAUCCCUAGUUGUACCCUUAGCCAUGGAUCGCACCUUGACAGCUGCCAUGUACUCGGAGGAUCAUCUCCCUGAGUUCACGCCAAUGCCUUGGACUUACCAGGAUAUCCGCGCAGCAAUGCCCUCGCAUCUCUUCCAACGGGACACAGCUAGAUCGCUUCUCUUCCUCGCUCGCGAUUUGUUAAUGGCGGCCUUAGCAUGGAAAGUGGCUACAUUUAUCGAUCCUUACUUCUUGAGCCCUGCGUCCCCAGCUACUCCAACGUCUUUCGGCGUGGAGCUGCUUCGGUGGUGUGCAUGGGCUACCUAUUGGUGGUUCCAAGGACUCAUUUUCACUGGGUUGUGGGUUAUCGGUCAUGAGUGUGGACAUCGAGCUUUCUCUCCCGAUGCCAAGCUCUGCGAUGCGGUUGGCUUUGUGUUGCAUUCUUUUGUAUGGUUCCCCUACUUCAGCGCCAAAAUCAUUCAUCAUCGUCACCAUAUGGGCAAUGGGUCUAUGGAGAAGUCAGAACUCUGGGUACCAAAAACCAGGAGUGAGCUGGGGAUACCAAACAAACCUCGACAUGAAAUAGAUUGGGACGAUUACUUCGGUGAUACCCCCAUUUACUCCCUUUUGUUAAUAAUUCGCCACCAACUUUUCGCUUUCCCUGCUUACAUCAUGUUUAAUAUGUCGGGGCAGAAACGAUACCCAAAGUGGUCUAAUCAUUUGAAUCCGAACUCCAUCUUCUUCAUGACGAAGGAACAACGACAUUUGGUAAUGGUUUCCAACCUCGGACUUCUCCUCAUGGGACAGAUUAUUCGACUUGCUAUCAAGCAAUGGGGCUGGAUUUCUGUCCUCAAAUAUUACGGGAUACCCUGGCUUGCAGUCACACAUUGGAUCACAAUGUUCACUUUCAUACAACAUACCGAUCCUGUCCUACCACACUAUCGUGACAAGGCAUGGAACUUCCAACGAGGCGCCGCUUGCACUGUAGACCGAGACUUCCUAGGCUGGCAGGGUCGUUUCUUCCUGCAUAACGUCGCUCAUGACCACGUCGUCCAUCACUUCUUCCCCAAGAUUCCAUUUUAUAAUGCCCCUGAGGCUACCCGAUAUUUGAAGGCGUUUAUCGGCGAUCACUAUGUCUACUCUGACGAUCCCGUGUUCAAGACGCUCUGGGAUACUUUCAAUAAUUGCCAGUUCGUCGAGGACGAGGGUUCGGUUCUUUUCUACCGUGACAAGCAGGGGAGGGCGAGAAGGAGGGCGGCUCUUUCCACAAGAAGCCCUUGAGGACAGGUGCGAACUUUCGACUUGUUGAGAGGACGAGGGAAUGGUAUGGCUGGAAUAUACCCUCCUCCUGGUUGUGAAGAAUAGAAUGUUCAUGUCUCAUGAGAUUUGGUCUCGAAUUACGAUGGGAAUUGAUCUUGUUUGCU